GGCAGUACAACACGUUUUGAACCGUUGACAUUCUUUUUAACUUAACACUGCGUAUAAAAACACGUCGCUCCUGCACGAGAGGCUGUUUACUCGAAAAACAGCGCUGACGGACGCCAUAACGUGUUCCAUGUGAACGGCCCCAAACAGCGCUUGUGAUCGAUGUAUGCAUGUACUUAUAAUGUCUGGCUUGCUGUUCGUGUUGACGGAUCUAGCAUGCUGGCUCUGGCUCUACAGCUCAUUAAUUCAAAUACACUAUAAUUGUGUCGGAGGUGCGAGGUUACAGUAGCCUCGCAGGCAAUGUUGGGCAGCCAGGGAAUUCAACCUGUCACGCUAGUCUUCAAUAAUUCCAAAAACUGCUUUCUUCACCUGUCAUCAAACUUCGCGUCUCAGUUGUGUCUUAAUGAGAACCAGAUCGUGGAGCUGUCGUGGGGUGUUUCUGCACCCGUGUUCCUCAGCUGGAUCAGGUCCAGACAGUCUUCAGGUCCAGAAGAUAGAGCUGAGGUCAGCAGGCAGCUGGCAGAGAAACUUGGAAUCAAAGAGGGAGAGCAGGGGUUCUUGCGGCCAUGUCAUCAGGUGCAGUCAGUGCAGCAGGUGUUUGUAGAGCCUCUGUCUACAGAUGACUGGGACAUCCUGGAGCUUCACAGCAUGGCACUGGAACAGCGACUUUUGGACCAGAUCCGAGUUGUCUUUAGUGGGGGGGUGUUUCCUGUGUGGGUGGACCAACAUACUGUCAUCUUUAUCAGGAUAGCAUCCCUCUCUCCAUCUGUCUCAUAUGGUCGACUGGAGCAGUUCACAGAGCUUGUUGUCUCCCCAAAACUACAUCCUGGAGGUGAACAACUACUCCAAACUCUUCCAGUAGAGCCAAGCCAACGUUUACAAAAACAACAGAAAGUUGAUCUCACGCCACCCUCCAACUCCAAAGCUUCCAUAGCCUCAAAUGUCCAUCAUGAGAACCUCAGUAAUAAUCAGAACAUUAGCCAAAAUCAGAAUGAAGGCCAAUGGGGAGGUAUAGCUGAUCUGAAAAGCCUGGUUAGAUACCUGCUUACAAGAGGAACUGAGCCUGCAGAGGAAAACAUUGCAGUUCCUGCCAUUCCCAUCAUUCUGAAAGACUGUAUCCUCCGAACAUGUGGAGGCCCUCCUAGGUGUGUCAGCCAUCUUGGACCAUGCCAUGGAGAUGUGCAUAUACUGCCAUGGAACCUGCAAGAACAUGACAAAUGGAGUCCAGGGCAAUCAGCCCUGACAUAUGGGAGACUUUCAAAGAUUCUAUCUCCUAAAGAAGUCAAACAGAGUGUCAAGCAGGCCAUGGAAAAAAAGAAAGUCAGAGACGGACCUCACAAAGAGAAAGACGCAGAGGAAUGCAAGAAGAACGCUGUUGUGGUUAGGAUGAUUUGUCAUAACGUAGAGAAGCUGCAGGAAGCACAGAGAUUCAAUAGAAGUGAAGAAAUUUACUCUGGGAAGGUUUGGAUCCCAAAAGUGUUGCAGAAGCGAUUGAGUAUAGACCCUCACUCGGCUGUGAGAAUUCAGCCUUUGAAAUCAACGCCCAGGGUAGCAGAAGCAGUCAUGCUUCAACCAUUACAACCACUGGAAGAGAGUGAGAGAGAGGACGAGGUUCAAGCUGUGUUUCUAGAUUGGGUUCACGCUCAGAGCCAUCAGCCGUUAACCUGUCUGACUGCGCGCUCCAACGUCAUUCACUUACCCUGUGCUGAAGGAAAGUUUGAGUUUGCAUUGAGUGUGUUGAAACCAGAGCAGCAGAAAGAAGAUGAGAUGUUCUUUCUAUCAGCCAGUUUACUAAAGAAAACAGACGUGCAGGUGCUCAGGGAGCCACAAAAUUCGGACCACAUGGGCUCUGCAAACUCAGAUUAUGACCCCUGUCUUGGCUUUCCUUCCCUCAGCUCUCUUGGUGGGGUAGAGGACAUCAGCAGGUCUGCUUUUCAACACAUCUCUCAUGCUCUAAUGGAAGGUCCUCUCUCUCAUGACCUGGUCUCUACAGGACGUGGACUCAUCGGUGGAGCUCUGCUCAUCACAGGAGCCAAGGGCAGUGGGAAGACGUCGCUCUCCAGAGCACUGUGUCGAAAGGCCAGUGAAGAGCUGGAUGCCCACGUGCAAGUGAUAGACUGUAAGACACUGAGAGGCAAGAGAGCUGACACAAUCAGGCAAAGGCUGGAGGAGGUUUUUGAGCAGGCAGUUUGGAGACAGCCCUCAGUGGUGCUUCUGGAUGAUCUGGAUCAUGUGACCGGUGCUGCAGCCUCACCUGAGCAUGAGCAUGGACCGGAGGCAAUACUGCGGCAGCACAUUGCACAGAGUCUGAGGGAUUUGGUGGAUGAGAUGGUGGUACGUUCCAGUUUUAUUGCUUUGGUGGUCACAGCACACAGUGAACAUUCCCUACAUCAGACCCUCACUGAGGUGCAAGGAUCACACUUCUUCCAAAGCUUCAGCAAGAUCCAAACACCCAAUCAGACUCAAAGGGUUGAGAUUCUGAGGUCCCUGAUACACAAAAGGAAUCUUCGGGACUGUCGAACUACUCUUGAUCUGGACAGUGUUGCCAAGGAAACAGAAGGUUACAUGCCACAAGACCUGAAUCUGCUGCUUGAGAGAGCUGUCCAUGCCAACACUGUACGCAGCAGAAGCAAUGGCAACUCUGAAGAUUUGAGCUAUAAGGACUUCAAACAGGCUCUUCAUGACUUCACCCCACCUUCACUUUGGGGGGCUCAGUUGCAGGCCCCAAGCGGGGUGGGCAUGGAGAGAAUUGGGGGGCUUCACCAGGCACGUCAGCUUCUGAUGGACAUCAUACUGCUGCCAACUAUGUACCCCCUACUUUUCUCCAGUUUGCCGAUGCGUCAGUGCUCUGGUGUGUUGCUCUAUGGAGCUCCCGGCACAGGCAAGACUCUACUAGCUGGAGCUAUCGCCAAGGAGAGCGGCAUGAACUUUAUUAGCAUCAAGGGCCCUGAGCUCCUCAGCAAGUAUAUUGGUGCCAGUGAGCAGGCAGUUAGAGAUGUGUUUCAGAGGGCUCAAGCAGCUAAGCCUUGCAUUCUGUUCUUUGAUGAGUUUGACUCAUUGGCCCCUCGGAGAGGUCACGACAACACAGGAGUCACUGACCGUGUGGUGAACCAGCUGCUCACACAGCUGGAUGGAGUAGAGGGACUGACAGGGGUGUAUGUGUUGGCUGCCACCAGUCGUCCCGACCUAAUAGACCCUGCUCUUUUGAGACCCGGGCGACUGGACAAGUCUCUCUACUGCCCUCCUCCAGAUCAGGAGGCACGUCUGGAGAUUCUGAGGACUCUGACUCGCUCUGUGCCACUGGCUGCAGAUGUGGACUUGGAGCAGAUUGCUGUAGCAACAGAGAUGUUCACUGGAGCCGACCUGAAGGCCCUUCUCUAUAACGCCCAGCUCGAGGCAAUACACAGCACCCUGGGGCCCAACCUUCUGCAUGAUCUGGGCUCAGGGUCAGACAGUGAUGUCAGCCUCUCCUCCCUGAUCUUUCUGAACCACAGCAGCGGGUCAGAUGAUUCUAAUGGAGAGGGGGAUGCAGGGCUGGAAAACUCUUUGGUUCUGCUGGACCCCAGUGAGUUCCCACCUGAGGACCCACGUCACAACAUCUGGCGCCUUUACUUCGGGAGCUCUUUUGAGUCUGAACUGGACAACCAUUCACUAUCUGAACUGAAUUCUCAGUGCCUGUCUGGCCCCAACUCUACUGCUCCUGAUCUGACAGGGGCAUCAGUGAGGGACUCAGGGUCUUGUCAUGCCCCUGUCCUCAUGUCCUGUCUGCAGGAAGGCUUUCAGGAACUGACCCAUGAGCAGUCAGAACGCCUCCGAGCAGAGGUCAAUGCUGUAAAGAAUAGCUACCGCAAAAACAUGGAUGACUCUUCUCUGGUGCAGAUAUGUCCCAGUAAGUCUGGCUCUCUCAUAUGUCAAGCUCACCUGACCGCAGCUCUGGCUAACACUAGAGCAUCUGUCAGUAGAGAAGACUGGAGGAGAUGCACUGAACUAUAUGAGUCUUUCGGAGCCUCAAGGGAAGCAAGGUCUUGGAGCACUGCUUCACUGAAAGCAGGUCAGCGGGUGACCUUGGCUUAAUGAGAGCCUCACAUACAUUUAUACAGCUCAGGGCAUUAGACAGUGAAUUUUGGUGGCUAGAGGAUAGUCUGUGUGUGAUUGGUGUAAAAAAAAAAAAUCAAUUUGUAUCACACAUUACUUUCAUUUUUGCCUUAAGUGCAAAUGCAGACUUAUGAUUAACUCAUUAACUCACUUUAUUUGAAUUCAGUAGCACUGAAAAAGUAAUUUAAAUAUACAAAUAUUAAUUUUUUUUUUUUUUUGCUAAGGUGUUCUAGGAAAGAACAAAUGUAUAUGUGAGAAAUGUGUAAUUAAUUAACUUUUUAAUUAAUGACAAUUUUCUAGGAAUUCUGAUGUUUAUGUUAAAUUGCUACAUUAGACAGAUAUUGGGUUUUCAGAUGUGAUUUUGGCUGGGGUAGAUCAAGAAUAUACAGUUCAAUCAAGAGAUGUUAUUGAAUUAAAUUAACACCAUUUACUCAAAUUUCACCAAAAUAAAAAAUAAAAGAAAUGAGGGUGGGAACACUUCUGUUAAUUGGUCUAUGAGGACAUCACAUAUGUUCAAAGUAAAUGCCAUAAAAGAGUACAUAAUGUACUGUACAGU